UUCUACGCAGGCGCAGAGCGGUGCGGGGCCGCUGCGGCCGCUCCCUGGCUGGCAGUGCUCGCUAAGAUGGCGGAUUUCCUGCCAUCGCGGUCGCCGCUGUCGGGCUGCUUCCCCGGCUGCAUGCUCAACAGCAGCGAGGCCGAACAGCAGCGCAAGUCUAAAGAGAUCGAUAAGUGCCUGUACCGCGAGAAAACCUACGUCAAGCGGCUCGUCAAGAUCCUUCUGCUGGGCGCGGGCGAAAGCGGCAAGAGUACGUUCCUCAAGCAGAUGCGCAUCAUUCACGGGCAGGACUGGGACCGGCCAGCCCGGGAGGAAUUCCGCGCCACCAUCUACAGCAACGUCAUCAAGGGUGUUAGAGUCCUUGUGGAUGCUCGUGAGAAACUUCAUAUUCCAUGGGGAAAUCCUGCUAAUCAAACAAAUGGUGACAAGAUGAUGGCCUUUGAUACCCGUUCAGAAGUGGUGCAAGGGAUGGUGCAAACCCAGAUUUUUUUACAGUACCUUCCAACAGUAAGAGCUUUGUGGGCAGACAGUGGUAUCCAGCAUGCUUAUGACAGACGCAGAGAAUUUCAGCUGGGGGAGUCUAUAAAAUACUUUCUGGACAACCUGGAUAAACUUGGAGACCCAAUUAUUUCCCCCCAGGAUUACCUUCCCUCCCAGCAAGAUAUUCUGCUAGCACGAAGACCUACAAAAGGGAUACAUGAGUACAAUUUUGAGAUUAAAAAUGUUCCCUUCAAGAUGGUUGAUGUAGGUGGCCAGAGGUCAGAAAGAAAACGUUGGUUUGAGUGCUUUGAUAGUGUCACUUCAAUACUAUUCCUGGUUUCAUCAAGUGAGUUUGAUCAGGUACUUAUGGAAGAUCGGCUAACAAAUCGCCUUACAGAAUCUUUGAACAUUUUUGAAACUAUAGUCAACAAUCGGGUUUUCAGCAAUGUGUCCAUCAUUCUCUUCCUGAACAAGACAGACUUGCUUGAAGAAAAAGUGCAAAAAGUGAGCAUCAAAGACUAUUUCCCAGAGUUUGAAGGGGAUCCCCACAACUUGACAGAUGUCCAAAAAUUCCUGGUGGAUUGUUUUCGUACCAAACGCCGGGACCAGCAACAGAAACCCUUAUACCACCAUUUCACCACUGCUAUUAAUACAGAAAAUAUUCGUCUGGUAUUCCGUGAUGUCAAAGAUACCAUCCUUCAUGAUAACCUCAAGCAGCUCAUGCUACAGUGAUGUUGAAAAGACUGGUUUGUAUUAAUAGUUUACAGCAGAAGUUUGAAAAGUAAACCUGGUCUUGUCAGACCUCAUGUGUGGGUAAAAGCUGCUGCUGCUGUUCUUAUUGCCAUUUUCUCUUAAAAUCAAAAUCCAGGCUUUAACUUCUUCCUCUUCAUUAUCUUGAAUCUUUUAACUUUUAAUAGACAUCAACUUUUUUAAAAAAGCUAACUCCAGAUUUUAAAUUAUUCUGUCUUUUUCAGCUAUGAAGCCUGAACUAUUAACUUGUAGAUACGUGCUCGAAAGAAAUUAUUUGGAAACAUGCAAAGUUCUUUGAAGUGGCUGGAAUUUGAGGGAGCUAUUGAAGAGUUUUCCUAGCUUAGAAAACCACCACCAAUUGUUGUAUAUGGUAAAUGGCUUUGCUCUGUCAAAUAAUUAACCUAUAUUUCAAGUUUACAAAUGCACUUCUGCUUCCAUGUCAAUAGAGAGUGCUUUCAGAUGGUACCAGAAAAGGAAUUAGUUGCCACUGAGUAUUCAGUCAAAAUGAAUCAUGCAUAGGAAUUAUUGGUCUUGAUUGGCUUUUGCUAGAUCAUACAGUCUGACAAAAACCCGUGAUUUUACAUUUUGAGCCUCAGCUAACUUAAAUCAAAUAGCUGCUUCCUGCAGCUUUGAAAGUCCCCCUCAGUUGCCAUGAAUAAGCCAUUGUCUGAGAACACUCCUUUUUUUCAGUUAGUACAGAUAGUGAUUUAGAUAAUGGAGGAAGCCAAGCACAAGAUUUGUUUUUCCCAAACAGCAACUCUGUUUAUAGAUGACAAAUGUAACUUAGUAAAGAAGGCUAGCACACUGAGUAUAUACAGCUGUAGUUGACACACUAGUGGCUGUUAUAUUGGCCAAAAGAACUAAAAAUGAAUUAAAGUGUAAAGCAACUGAAUGAGAUCAGAUGAACGACACAUUACAAAAAAAGAUACAAUUAAAAAAUGAUUCCACCUUCUGGCUCAGUUGCACAUUUUGAAGACUUGGCUUUGCAAUGAAAUACUCAGUAGAAAUAAUAGUUUUGUGAGCUUAGGCUAUUGUUGAGGCAAAGCCAGUUAUCACCUGUAAUUCUGAACACCUUGAACUUUACAUUUUAUCCUAGGUUUUAUCAUGUUAAGUUUUAAAGAGAACAUUUACAAAAGGGAUUGACACUUGUGCUCCAAUGUUCUAAUGCAAUAAAAUGUAUUUACUUUGAUGGGUAAGAAGAACAAUUAGCAGCAAAUUUCCCUUUUUUGUUUCAUUUGUUAACAGGCAAAUUGCUAUUAGUCAUUGCUAUUGCUCUUUAAAAAAAACAACUAUUCUGUAAUCUUUGUAGAAGGAAGUCAAUUAACAAAGCUUCUAUAUUUUUGAAAAACAAUUUGGUUUUGCCAUUCAUUAGAUUAAGGUAAUGUGUCUGUGUGCCAAUUAAAUGCUUUAACAGAAAUUGGCCUAGUCCAGUACCAGUAAAUGGUUAAGUGGUGCAGAAUCUUACAAUCUAAAGUGCCUCUUGGUUGUUGUUGUUGUUUUUUAUAGUGGCCUUACAGUGAUUACCAGUUUACCUGGCUGGGGGAAAAGGGCUUAAAAUAACAACGUAGUACAAAUAAAUGAUUAUUGCAUUUUUGCUAUGAAAUACAAAACCAACAUAAUUAGAA